GUGAUCUUGAGAGAAAGGAUACGGUAACGUUAUCCAGAACACUUCGGGAUGGAAGCACACUUGACCGACACGUUGUUGGCCGAAGAGAAGAUGGGCCCUUCGUCGCCAGUGACGCGUCCCUCCGCAUACCUCCGCAUCGCUGCGUAUGUGAUUGCAUUCAGUUCCUUCCUCUGGGGCUACGGCUUUACUGUGCUCAAUGUGUGCAUCGCCGAAAACGCCAAGGGCUCGAUCCUCCUGGAUUUCAAUCUCACGGAUGCGGAAAUCGAACUCGCGUCGUCGCUUGUUUUGAUCGGCGCGUGGUUCACUGCAGUUGCCACGGCCUCACUCGCGGACACGUACGGCCGACGCAUCGUGCUCCUCGUCAACAACGUGUUGUUCAUCGUGGGUGCGUUGUUGUGUGCACUGGCCACAUCCAAGGACACGAUCUACAUUGGUCGUACAAUCAUUGGGUUUGCAUGUGGCAUCGUCACGAAUGUAACCCCCAUUCUCCUGGCCGAAAUCGCCCCCGCGAACAUUCGAGGCCAAAUCACGACGUUGCAUCAGUUGAUGCUGACCAUCGGCAUAUUGGGCUCAUCCGUGUUGGGUUAUGCGCUCGUCACGUCCGUGCCGUCUGGAUGGCGCUAUGUCAAUGCGUUCGUGGCCGUACCUGCGAUUCUCCAAUGCAUGUUGACCCCGUGGAUCCCUGAAAGCCCUCGCUGGCUUCUCAGUCGCAAUCGUACCGACGACGCUAAAAUCCAACUCCGUUCGUUACGCCACAUUGUGUACGAGACAGAACUUGACGACGAAAUGCGGGAGAUUCAACUGGAUCUGUCGUCGACCCAAGAUCAUGACCAAAAGAAAGCCACCGUGGUAAGCUUAUGGCGGUACAAGAAGCCCAUGCUGCUGGGGACGCUGCUCGUCUUCUUUCAGGCGAUGACCGGCAUCAACACGGUCAUGUUGUAUUCAAGUAAAAUCUUCCAUUUUGCCGGCGUGGACAACUCGAUUAUGGCCACGGCAUCCGUGGGUACGAUCAACGUGUUGGCGACGGUCGUGUCGGUGGUGCUGGUUGACACAUGUGGCCGCAAGAUCCUUCUGCUCCUCAGCAGCGGCCUCAUGGCCGCAAGUUUGGGCGUGCUCAGCUACUCCCUGUUGACUUUGACGGGGAAAAUCCAGGGGGUGCUGGCUGUCGUGUGUGUGCUCGUGUUUGUGGCUGGGUUUGCCAUUGGGCUGGGAGCAGUCAUUUGGGUUGUGCUCGGAGAACUCACCCCCAGCUCGAUUCGAUCUCGCGCCAUGGGGUUCUUCAUGGCCGUUAGCUACGCGUGCAAUGUGUUUGUGGCUACGUGCACAUUGGGCAUCAUUCAAGCCCUGGGCACGGGACCCGACGUGACCAAGAAUGGCAUUGCCAAGCUCUACUUGAUCUGCUGUGGCCUGGCCGUGGCGUGCUUUUUGUUUAUCUGGGGAUACGUCCCGGAAACGAAGAAUAUAACGGUGUCGCAGAUUGUGACGGAGCGCCAGGAACGAGGGCAACCCGACGACGACGACGACCAACGCGAUGACCGUGCGUUGCUAUCGGACCACUGACCAUAAGGAGGGCCCUACCUGCUUAAGUGCCUAAAAUUUAAACAUUUUUGACUGGUAA